AUGCCUCUCUGUUCAGCCUGUAACGCUUUAGACAUGUUCUCUUGCCCUUCUUUCCCAGCUUCCUCAAGAAACUUCGAGACAAUUCGAAAAAAUGCCUCCCUCGGAUGUGAUCUUUGUACUCUCAUCUUCAGUGUUGCCUUUGAUCACGUUCUUUUCAUUUCAAAAGAGCUAGAUCUCAAGAAUACUUCCAAGGCCAACUUGAAGACUGAAGAUCGUGACUUCACGGUCCAUCUCUGGUUAUCAGGCAAUGGAGUGUCGGUGCAGAAGCCGCUAUAUAACAAACUAUUGGUGACGGUUACUGGAAAAGAUGAAAGUUGGCCCGACCAAACGUCUAUUCUGACGUCCCGACAAACCAACUUUCCACACGAAAUUUGCGUGGCUGCAGAUCCAGAGAGCCCGGCUUAUCGAUCCGGAGUGAUUGGAGGAACUUACCUCGGCGUGAAUAUGGCAGCCCCCGAAUAUAUAGCUGCCUUAAGUGAAUGGCUUCACGAUUGCCUCUCCAACCACGCAAGAUGCCACUUCGCUAUCUCCAGCAGUACACUAUUCAACCCUCGAUCAAUAGAGCUUCCUACUCGCUGCAUUGAAGUCACGCCAACUGCUGCCUACUUGAGAGAUACGCAGGGGACCAUUGGAAGCUAUGUCGCUCUAAGCCACCGUUGGAAUCCGGAAGCUGAGGCCGUAAAGACUACAUCAGCCAACUUUCAGCAACGCAUAUCUGGGACAGAGCUAGGGCGACUUUCCAAGACCUUUGAAGACGCCAUCACGAUCGUGCGCAAACUGGAAAUCCGAUAUAUAUGGAUUGACUCUAUCUGCAUCAUCCAAGGGACUGACGACUGGAACCAGGAGAAGUUCAAAAUGGGCCAAUAUUACGAACGGGCUCUAUUCACUAUUUCCGCCAUAGGAGGUUACAUUCAAGCCGGAAAAGAUUCCGGUAUUCUCAAAGCUCAACCACCCAAAUCACUCGUCCGUCUUGCUUUCAAAGAAAACAGUAUCCGAAAAGGGUCGGUAUUCCUGUAUAGACGUGACGAUAAGGCCUUGUUUCUGACUGAUGUUGCACGGAGCGAACUAAUCUCACGCGGCUGGGUAUUCCAGGAGAGGCUUCUUAGUAAACGUAUCAUUUACUUUACUAACAAAGUGAGUUUCUUGGAGUGCUGUUCCGAGGCACCGCGAAGUUUCUGUAAUGAUAUGAUUACGGAAGUCCCACAACCCUUGGAGGAAAAAUCGUCUUCAAAUGUCUCUCGAAUGCUACCCGCCGAUUCACUAAAGGUCAACCUUGCCUGGGACUAUGACCCACUGACUAUGUGGUACAACAUUGUAACAGGAUUCUCAAAAACCGUCCUUACGCAACAGAGCGACCACCUUGCAGCUAUAUCGGGGGCAGCUUUUGAGUAUGGAGGGGCUAUCGAAAGGAAACGGCUAGAAAAAAGCGACAAGAGAUGGAAGAGUACGAAGCCUACACAACAUUACCUCAGUGGACUCUGGCUAGAAGAUAUUCAUUAUGGCUUGAUGUGGUUUGCCGUCGACCACCAGAAUCGGGAAUGCCCAUGCGGUGCUCCUUCAUGGUCAUGGCUCUCAAACCAAGGCGAAGUUGAGUGGCAGCGCAGGGAUGACACGUCUCAGCCUAGCCUCGAGGUCCUUGGAGUAGAAUAUGAAGAAGAGGCCAAUGGAGUUCGCCGCUUGCCAGAAGUUGUUAGCAUGACUACCAAGCUUCGUGUCAAAGCGAAGAUGCAGCCGCUUCUUAUUAUGCCAGGCAUUCAAGAUGCAAAAAGCAUGAGCGUUUUGACAGGUGUAAAGGUUCAAGCAUCACCGUGUAAUCAGUAUUACACAAUCUGCCACCCAAGCUCACCGGAUUGGGCUGGUGGUUGGGCAAAGUUUGAGAGGGACCCGCGAAUGGCAGAAUUGAAUAACAGCUCGUCAGGAAUAGGAGCGGCAUUAGCUAUACACGUUGCAUCAAGGCAAGCAGAUGACACAGCAGGGCCAAUUGAGGACUUUCUGAACCUUCGCAGGACAGUUUAUGAAGUGAUAUUUGUUAAAUGCGUUAAGGAUCAGACAUUUCAGAGGCUAGGGGCAGGAUUUACCUGUGACUUGACUAUUGCUCGAGGGUUCCAAGCAGUAGAAGACAUAGAGAUAACUUUAAUAUAA